AUGGGAACCCCACACCGUGUCGUGCUGGGGGAAUAUGAUCUUUCUUCCUCUGCUGAGCCCAUACAAAUCAAGACCAUAUCCCGGGUUUUCAUACACCCUGACUACAGUCCAUUUACCCUCACCAAUGACAUCACUCUGAUAAAACUCACCCUUGCUGCCACUCUCAACAACCGCGUGUUUCCUGUCCGUAUCACUAGAGCCUAUGACGUGUUUCAUGCAGGAGAGAGAUGUGUGACCACUGGAUGGGGCUACACUGAUGCCUUCUCAGGAACUACUUCAAGCAAACUGCAGCAGGCGUCUCUGCCUCUUCUUACCAAUGCUGAAUGCAAGAGAUACUGGGGAAGCCAGAUCCUUAGAACCAUGAUUUGCGCCGGAGCCUCGGGUGCCUCCCCCUGCAUUGGUGACACUGGUGGACCUCUUGUGUGCCAGAGGAAUGGAGCUUGGAUCUUGGUUGGUAUUGUGUCCUGGGGAAAUUCUACCUGCUCUCCCUCAUCUCCAGCAGUCUACACUCGUGUCUCAGUUCUAAGAUCCUUGUUGGAUCAAAUUAUGAAUAAUUAUUAUUAA